CGGGCGAGUUAAGCAGCAGUAGAUGCUGCGCACGGAUCUGAUACGGCAGCUGCCAGAAGCGUGCAUCUUGAGUCACAGUGGUGAAUAGUCAAUCACGAAUUAUGAUUACAAGUUCGGAUGCAAUCGUGAAUCUAGAAUCACGAAUGAGAUGGGAUGACCUCAGCAGCAUUCUCUCCAUCGAAUCGACCUCGCGCUACAUUCACCAUCACCCCUGGCACUACCAUCGCAACCUCCUCCAGGAGUUUCGCAACGAUCAUCCGAGUCGCGCCAGCAGCCUCGCGUAAUUCUAGCCCGCUUUGCAUCUCGCCCUUGGAU